AUUUCAGAGCCCAUGUCUCGCAUCAAGCAGGAACAGGUGAACCCACCACCACCGCCACGCGCCAUCACUCCACUUCCCCCGGCGACACACCGGAUCACGAUGGAUGAGUAUAAGAAGAGGGAGAAGAAAGACUAUUAUCGAGAUGCCACCAAGGACGCGAGUGUCAAGAAGGUUGUGCUCUCGCUGCUCAAGGACUAUCCCGACAUGUGGCAGAACGGUAAUCGAUUUCAGACUCGGAAGUGGCGAGCGCUCGGAGUUGAAGUGUAUCAGAGGACUGGGCAGAUUGUCGGUGUGGACGACAUGCGAAAGAUGUUUAUGUCGGGAAAAACCGUGCUCAAACAGAAAAUCACCUUCUGCAUCCGGAAUAUGAAGAUGGACCGCGCCGCUACCGAGGCCGACCUCCAGAAUUGGGAGUACUACCGUCACUUUCUCUACUACCGUCAGACGCUUGGCAAGUUUGAGGCGAAGCUUCGCGGUGAGCAGUGGAUCGGAGAAGAUCAAGUUGAAGACGAUGACGAAGAUGAUGUCAUAUUCGAUGGGGAGUCGUAAGGUGAUCUGAGCAAUCGGUUAGUUAGGGUGGAUGGUUUCUUUGUUUUCACCGUAUUAUUUGUGGUUUUUUCCUUUUUUAAUAUCAGAUAGGCCUACAACCAUCCCUGUAAAAUAAAUUCUAGUGCUUC